AUGCCGUUUUUAUUCGCCGGAGGCACCAAAACUCGGCGCAAAACGCCUCGGGCCUACCGCGCGGGAACUCUGCGGUUGCCGCACUUUACAAUCUGGGACAGGGACGACUUUGACCUGCUACCACUCACGGUCAGCCCACCUAGGGAACCAUCGGAAACCAUGAAGGGCCGCAAAUCCCAGAAACAGGCGGCGGCAGCAACCGCCUCAAAUCAUGAUAUUGGACAGAUGUUGUCAUCAACUCCACGCACCCAGGAGCCAUUGCAACGCCAGCCUGAGACAGCUCCCAGCGCG